GACAAGUGGGACAGUAAUGAAGAUGUUGAUACUUUGUCCCCUACACCAGAGGCAACUCAGCACGAUGUUACAACACCUAUAGCUUUGGAAGUUCAGCACACCCAGGAUUCAACAUCUUCAGCACCAGAUAGGAGUGGUGGUGGUUUUCUGGUUUCCUAUGAUGAGCAGAGGGUGCAAGAUGGAAGCAGUGUUUCAGAUGCUGAACAACUGCAUAAGAAGGAAGAGGAGGGCAAGUGGGACAGUAAUGAAGAUGUUGAUACUUUGUCCCCCACAGCAGAGGCAACUCAGCACGAUGCUACAACACCUAUAGCUUUGGAAGUUCAGCACACCCAGGAUUCAACAUCUUCAGCACCAGAUAGGAGUGGUGGUGGUUUUCUGGUUUCCUAUGAUGAGCAGAGGGUGCAAGAUGGAAGCAAUGUUUCAGAUGCUGAACAGCUGAAUAAGAAGGAAGAGGAGGGCAAGUGGGACAGUAAUGAAGAUGUUGAUACUUUGUCCCCCACACCAGAGGCAACUCAGCACGAUGCUACAACACCUAUAGGUCUCAGACAUAGACGGCAGGAGACCUCUGCAGAAAGCACUGUUUCACAUGCAGAACCACACAAUGAGGAAGAAGUGGAGGUCAAAGACUCAAAGAAGGUGGACGGUGAGGAACAUGUUCAAAGUUCAUCCCUCCCAGCAGAGGUACAGCAGGAAGAUGUCUCAAAACCUAAAGACUGGCUCAAAUAUACAUUUGUAGCAUUAGUAGUUACAGUGGUAGCUGUCUGUAUAGCUCACUGGUUAUCCACAAGUCCUCAGCCUGAGCCACAGGAGGAAGGAAGCAUUGACAUCUUUCGCAGAGAAUUUGAAAAGGUGAAAUCGCACUUCCCCAGCCAGAGGGCUGAACUGUGGAAGCGGAGCAAAAUCCACGUGGAGAAGCAUCUCCAGACGGCCCAGCCCACGGAGCCGGUCAGCAUGAUCCUGACCUCGGGUCGCAGGGCUGAAAGGACUCUGCAGUGCCUGGCCAGCCAUAUGGCUGCUGCCUUCUCCCAGGCACACAAUGCUACCGUCCUCCACAUAGACGGGAUCAGCGAGGCCAAGCUGGACAGUGACCAGGCCAAGCUGGACAUUGACAACAAGCUGAAAGACGCCUUUGAAGGGGACAAGAGGGCAGCCGUCAUUCAUCGGUUCGAGGAGCUCCCCCCAGGGUCCACGCUCAUCUUCUACAGGUAUUGCGACCAUGAGAACGCAGCCUUCAAAGGGGCUUCUCUGAUCUUCACUGUGCUGGUGGAGGAGGAGGAACUCAGGUCAAAUUUGAGUCUAAGCGCCGUGGAGGAGAUUGUGCAAGAUCACAUUCAGGACAAGUUUGUCUCCUCUGACCUGCCGGCCAGUUUUGACCAAAUGGACAUGGAUAAAUUUGGUGGGCUUUGGAGUCGAAUCUCACAUCUGAUCCUGCCCGUGGCUGCAGAGGAGCCCAUUGAGCGGCGAGGCUGCGCGAUCUGAAAACGGCACUUUCUGACAGUGGAAAUACAACUCCAAAAAAACAAAAAAUCCUCAACACUGAACUAUCCAGAAGCAGAACAUAAUUUGAUCGGUUAAGAGUCUGUUUUAUUGAUCAUUUCUGAAAAUGUCUUAUAGUUUGCAUAAGAUUUGCACUUUUUUUGAAAAUUAUAUUUCUUGUUGUUCUUACAGUUUUUAGAAUAAAAGAAAUGAGAUUAUCCCAGAAAAAUUUAAUCAGUUCAAAGUGAAGUUACUACAGGAGCUACAAAAGUCAUAACAUGUUUGUUUGGGUGAGGGAAAAUACUGUUUAAUUUCCCAAUCUUUAAUUGUGUAUUUAUUAAUCCAAGUCAUAAUACUUUAGAAAGUCAAUAAAAAUACCUCCAGAGCUGGACUCCAUAUAAACAGUUUCCUCUGUAAGGGCUGGAGAUACCUGUUUUGCAACACUGUUUUGACACCUCUUCACAUCUCCUCAGUCUUCUACCUGGAGUUGUAUUGUUGUAACCUGAGGUUUACCUUGUCAGUCUGUUUUACCUAUUUCAUUGACCGAUUUGUGCCUUAAAUUAAAUACAUGUAAAAUG